CAACACCAUCACCAAAUCCUCCGCCGCCAACAUCAUUCCACCAUGCAUGAGCUGCUCUUGUAUGGCCAGGUGCCUUUGGUCCGCCAUGAUCAGGUCCUGAAAAUCCUGGCCGGUGUCGCUGCCAUGCAGCCCCGCCGUGUCUGCGAACGACGCAUCCUUUACAAACCCACCAAGAAGCCCGAUGAGCCCGGCGCCCACCUGAGUAGGCGGGGUGGAACCCAGAAUGUUGCCGGCAAGCCCCCUAAGCAGGCUGGCUCCAAAGACCUCUUCUACCAGCAGGUCGUGCAGACUCUAUCCGACAACGAUUUUGGCAAAGACAGUGGCCAAACCCUGUCGGCUGACGUGAAGCCUGGCCAAGAUCCCAAGUGGGCGCUCGAAUUCUACGAUCUUCCAGAUACUGGCGACAGAGGGGUUUCUAUACGCCAAUCCAGCUCUACCUCUCUUCUGUCGGGUGAUCCCCAUGCUUGGAUGGCCGCCGCAGGUCCGCACCGUUAUGUCGCCGAGUAUUACCUUGAAGGACAUCGCUUUGUCCACGGUAACGUUGUCAUCUUUCUCCAUCGUAUUCUCCAUCAGCCCGGGGUCCGCGCUCGGGAUUCCCCCGUUGUUCAGCUUCCAGCAUACGACGCCCUUCAACUUGUGGAUCCAAGCGGCGCAUACAUACUGGAGGCCAAGGUCCGCGUCCAUGACUUCAACCAGACUGCCGUCAUGGACAGUGCAGUGAGAGAGAUAGUUGCAUUCCAGGAGCAAAUGAAGGGCUGUGUGGAGUUGGCACUUCCGGAUCGCUUGGCGUUGGAUACACGAGUGAAGUGGAAGCCUCCACCUCCACCGCCUGCCAUGAGACCUCGUUGAAGUACAUGC